AUGCUUCACUGUUGCCUGCAGACUCAUUCCUGGACGGUGGUUCUGCCUCAGCUGAUGUUCAGGGUGGUCUCCACCAACCUCAUCAGUUACCCUCACUGUGUCUCCCAGGCCUUCUUUAGUCACACUUAUGGCACGUCCUGCCACACGGUGAUGAUGAUCAUGGCCUUUGACAGGUAUGUGGCCAUAUGCCACCCUCUGAGGUACACCUCCAUCAUGAGACCCACCAUGGUGGGUAAGCUGACUGUGUCCGCAUGGAGCACAUCGAUAACCCUGAUCUCCAUCCCACUGGGCCUCACAAUACGGCUAAAACGCUGCCACUCUGUCAUUAUCCAUGGCUGCACCAACCCAUCCCUAUACAAGCUCUCCUGUGAGGAUGUAACCAUCAAUAACAUCUACAGACUAACCUUCACUGUGGCCCUGCUCAGCUCAUCCAUCGGCAGUGUGGCCUUCACGUAUUUCAGGAUCCUGAUCAGCUGUGUCUCCACAAAGAACAAGGAGCUCAACAAAAAGGCUGUGCAGACCUGCGCCUCCCAUCUGGUCCUCUACAUCAGUGUUUCUCAACCUUUUUUCAGUCACGGCACCCUUAAAAAGUAUGCUAAAUUUCAAGGCACCCCAGUCUAA